CGGUGUCGGCGCCGGUGGUGGUGUGUCGGUGCCCGUCGCGCUCAGGCCAUGGACGAUCCCGUGCUGAAGCUGAGCGCUGAGGAUCAGGAGAAGGUCCGAUCAUGGGUGCCGGACCCUCUGGUGCCACCCACCCCGGCCGACCACCCGGCCCUCAACCCUGUCAUUGUGGACGGCAAGCUUGGCAAGUACGUGCGCGUGAAGAGCCGGGACCUGCUGAACAUGGCCUCCCACAACUACCUGGGCAUGGUGGGUGACGCCAGUGUGGAGGCGGCCGGCGUCGCCGCCCUGCGCAAGUACGGCGUCGGCGCGUGCGGGCCGCGCACAUUCUUCGGCACGGUCGACGUUCACCUGGAGUUGGAACAUCACAUCUCUGCGUUCCUCGGCACCGAGGAGACGGCCAUUUACUCUCUUGGCUUCUCCACCGUGAGCUCAGCCAUACCGGCGUACGCCAAGCCCGGUGACGUCCUGGUCGUGGACGAGUCGGUUCACUUUGCCAUUCAGAAGGGCGUUCAGGCAUCCAAGAGCAAGACAGUCUGGUUCAAGCAUAACGACGUGGAGGAUCUUGAGUGCCAGAUAACAAGGCUGAUGACCGAGCUUGAAAAGGAUCUGAAGCCGCCGCCAGCCGCCGCCCGCCUCUUCAUUGUGGUGGAGGGCCUGUACAUGAACACAGGCGACAUUUGCCCGCUGCCAGAAGUGGUAGCGCUGGCGCAGCGGCACAAGAUCCGCAUCAUCCUGGACGAGAGUGUCUCCAUCGGUGUGCUCGGCGAGCAGGGCCGCGGGGUCACCGAGCACUUCGGCGUCAAGGUGACCGAUGUGGACCUGAUAUGCGGCUCUCUGGAGCACGCUCUGGGCUCGUGCGGCGGCUUCACCAGCGGCUCCUACCACGUGGUCGACCACCAAAGACUGAACGGACUGGGCUAUGUGUUCUCGGCAUCACUACCGCCCAUGCUGGCCUCGGCAGCCACCAAGGCGCUGGAGCUCAUCGACAAUGACGUCACUAUGACGUCACGACUGCGGACCGUGUCCGAGACGCUUCAUAUGGCCCUCUCUGCUGUCGAGGGACUACAGCUGGUGGGGGUGCCCGAGUCACCCAUCAAGCACCUGCGUCUGGCGACGUCCGGGGGCAAGCGGAGCGACGACCAGCAGCUGCUGCAGCGCAUCGUCGACAUCGUACGCGAUGAAGGCGUUCUUCUGACAACAGCCUGUUAUCUGGCGGACCAGGAGGUGAAGACACCCCCGCCGAGCAUCAGGGUCAUCGCUGCCAUCUAUCUGUUGGACGAGGAAAUACAGCUGGUGAAGCGAGCGCUGGACAUCGCAGUCGCCCAAGUCCUGUGAUGCGGGCGGAUCGCUUCCGCGUGAUAUGGAUAUCGACGGGGUUGAAAAUAUAUGCAUCAGCAGAUACGGACUUUGCUUUGCGUCUUAACGGCAGUCAAAUGCAAACAUUGACUACUUGUGUGAUUUUGAGCCAAAACGACUUCAGUGCCUUUAUGCACGGUGUGGAUGCGUAAUACAACGUCGGUAUAAUAUGGCACGGUGCUACGGAGUUAAUGGCACGGUGUUAAUGUUUGAUACAACUGAAAACAAUGUUAACACGCACCCGCGUGGUCGGUUGAAUACCCUUUGCUUAGGUAGGGGUUGAAUUUAAAUCCCCUGACGUCUUAAAAAUUUAGAGAGCUGGAGAUACCAAAUUGCCAAGAUGGGUUGGCCUGUAAGAGAAGUAAGAAGAGUGUCAAAAUCUGAGGUUCAUAGGCCGUCACCUUGGGGUCAAAUUAGGUCACACAAGGUCAAACUUAAGAUUGGUGUCCAGUGUCCAAAGGCAUCCUCAUGCAACCGCGUGAAACCUAUAUGCCUGUCCGAAGCAGAAGGCCACCUGUGUUUAUUUAAGGUCAGUAAUCUUUGACAUUUAGAAGUUCAUGGUAAUCCAAAUCCUACGGGAUGGGUUUCAUUUUU